GAGCAGAGAGAGCAUUCCGCAUCAGUCCUCUUCCUCCUCGACUCUCUCGCCUCCUCUCUGUCUCUGACUGUCAGGGAAACUCAGGCUUUUAUACCGUGGCUAAAUUUAGGGGGCUUGGCCGGUGCGCAGCGUCUCCAUCCUGGACGCGCUUCCUUCCCCUAGCGUCGCAUUGGUCCGACUUGUGCUGCGAACAAUAUUUAUAAGAAAAGCUACUCCCUCCAGACGGCACAGCUCGCACAUGAGAGAAGAGAGCAGCAACUCAUCGGACGGCAGAAUAAGCAAAACGCGCUCAAUCUAAUUGUUUCUUUUCUCAAGACUAAGCGGAGAUUUACUUUACAACAGAGAAGGUGCAUUUUCUAAGGACUUUUAAAACUUUUUUUAAGAACGCAUGGAAAUGGCCUUGAGUGGGACCAUUUUACCAUCAAUCUCUACAUUUGCCAUCCAAAAGGAGAAAUGUUGGGAAGAUAGGUGGAAGUGUGACAUGAGCGACGUUGCGCUCAACAUGGACAGCAGCUGCCUCGGCAGAAAAGACGAAGAGGACCUGGAUAAGUUCUUGGAUCUUGAGUUUAUUCUCAGUAACACUACCGUGUCCGAUGGCACGCCGGCCGCGGGCUCUGAAGCAGAGUCCUAUCGGCUGCAGGAGUCCGGGGCGUCCGUUUACCAGCAGCACACCGGGAUGACCCAACAGCCGGCCAGUUACGCAUCUGUCCCAGACAUGAACAGCCCACCGCCGCCUUACAACAGCCUGAUGGCGGAGCUCCUCCGCUCCGACGUCGACAGCAGCUUCCUCCCCGGCAGCUGCAGCGGCAUCAACGGGAGAUUCCAGAUCAGCUCCACGCCUUUCCCGACUACUCAGGAUUUAUUCCCCGAGCAUCCAAUCAUUAAAGUGGAGCCCGAUUCCAUGGACACAUACGGACCGGCCAUGGGUCUGGUGCCUCAGAGCUGCGCCAAAGUCAAGCACGAGGGCAGCGUCUCGUGCAUGAUGUCGUACGAGCAGCAGCCGCGGCUCGCCAACUCUCCACAGGGCGCACUGGGCAGCAUGACGCCGCCGCUGAGCCCCGACGACCUGAUGAGCUCCGAGUGCCAGCAGCCCCAGAUGUGCAACUCAGCCUCCCUUGCGUUCCAGCAAAGCUUCCACCACGCACACCACCGCUGCGCGUCCGGGGGAUUCCCUCAAGCACACGGAGGGGUGCAGAUGCCUUUCCCCGUGGCUCACCACCACCACCACCACCAGUUCUCCGGCAUGUUCGGGGAAGACGCAGCCAUGGGCAUGCAGCAGCAGCAGCCGGCGGCCGGUCAGCGGGUGCUACUCACCCCGCCGUCCUCCCCGCUUGAUGUGAUGGACGCCAAGCCGAAAAGGGGUCGCCGGUCCUGGCCGAGGAAACGGACUGCGACGCACACCUGCACCUUCGCGGGCUGUGGGAAAACCUACACCAAGAGCUCCCACCUGAAGGCUCAUCACAGGACGCACACAGGAGAGAAACCGUACCACUGCAGCUGGGAGGGCUGCGGCUGGAAGUUUGCGCGUUCCGAUGAGCUCACGCGUCACUUCCGGAAGCACACCGGACACCGGCCGUUCCAGUGUCACCUGUGUGAGCGGGCCUUCUCCCGCUCCGACCACCUCGCCCUGCACAUGAAGAGGCACAUGUGAGGACAGACGAGGACUCCUGUGGACCGAUUCAAAGAACUGUAAUACACCCAUGACGAGCUAGAGGCGGAUGCUGUAUGUAGGGAUACCGCCUCGGCAUAAACAGCAUGAUGACUAAACUGUAAUACCUAGGAAUAUUAGAGCGAUUUGUAUUCCAUCGGGGCAAAAGAAGCAUUGAGUUGAGAUGCUCUGAAAUUAUAUUUUUGUGGAGAGAUUUAUUUAAAUGGUAUUUUUUACGAGAAACGACAAACACACCACAAAUCAAGGAGGAAAAACAGCCAUUUACGACUGAAACAGUUGAAAUCUGUUCGCUUUUUUUUUUUUUCAACUACGUAGCUGGUACUACUUUUUUGUAUGGAAUACUGUUUAUAUAGAUGGCAAAUUAAUGGAUCAUUCCACUGAACAUGUCAGGCACAUGCCUCUGAAGAAACUGGAAGCAGACAUUCAUUUUUGAAGAACAUUGACAUUUCUUUUUGUACUUUCAUCUAUAGUGCCUUUUAUAAAACAUAAUUAAAAAUCCUUAGGAGUGCCAUAUUCUCCACUGGCUAAAAAGACAAUGAAAGUCUGAUCCUGUGUUUUUUAGCAUGAGUGUACACGUAUACGCGUGAGACAACGUUUUGUUCUGAAACUGCCUUUCAUUCUGUUCUCCCUAGGGUUAAAAUAGGAAGUUGCGUCUCACAGAAGUGCAAUGCCAUCUCAGUGCCACCUGGUUGACAAAGGGCUACCCAGUCUUUAGCAAAAAAAAGAAAAACCAAAAAGAUUUGUUUUUUUGUGUCUGCCUUGUAAAUUUAAUCAUUUUUUAUAUAAUGUAAAUAGUUUAUUUUAUUGUACAUAUUAAACUAAAUGAACAUGA